AUGUUGGUCGAAAGCUCAGAUAACUCUCUGGGCUCUGUGCGCUUUGUUCCCGUAUUUCAGUUUUAUGAUGCUCAGUUUGAGGAAUGUGGUGCUAAAGGUCCUCGACCAAGGUACCCUCGGGUAUGGAAAACCAAAAAGAAGAUAGGGACAAUUUCAAAAUCCCUGAAGCUCGUUGAAUGUAUUAAGGGAUUAUCAAAUGUGAAAGUUGAAGUGUAUGGUGCCCUUGAUUCCUUCAUUGCCUGGGAAUUAGAGUUUCCGUUGAUUACAGUGAAGAAAGCUAUAAAAAGCCUCGAGCAUGAAAAGGAGUGGAAGAGGAUAAUUCAGGUGACAAAAUGGAUGCUAAGCAAGGGACAAGGAAGAACUAUGGGGAGCUAUUACAUUUUGCUGAAUGCUUUGGCCGAGGAUGGGCGGCUUGACGAGGCUGAGGAGCUUUGGCAAACAUUGUUUUCUCAGAACUUGGAAAGUAUGUCUCGUAUGUUCUUCGAGAAAAUGAUUUCUGUGUACAGUCAAAAUGAAAUGCAUGACAAGAUGUUUGAGAUAUUUGCGGACAUGGCAGAGCUUGGAAUCCAGCCGACUGUGCCAAUAGUCACCAUGGUCGGUGAUGUUUUCAAGAAGCUCGACAUGUUGGACAAAUACAAGAAAUUACGGAAUAAAUAUCCCCCGCCCCGGUACAUCAAGGGUAAGCGCGUGAAAGUAAAGAUGCAGUAUGAUGAUCAAAACGAGAUUGACAAUAGUGAGAUAAAGGGUUCUGAUGUGAUCAAUGGUGGUGAGUCAUUGAAACUGCAUGAAAAUGGUGAGGUAAGUGAUUGUGAUUGUGCUAAGGAGGAUAAAUUGUAUCUGCCUGAAAAUAUUGAUUCCAAUGUAACAGAUUGA